GUCAACAACAGAGUGAAAAAGCUCGUAAUUGAUGUAAAUUUCGGGAGAUUUAGUGCGCAUAAUUUGACAAAAAUAUGUGAAAAAGAUUCACGAGACACCCGAAAACACAAAUCUAGUAUUAGUUUGCCGAAAUAGUUGGAAAACGCGUGAAAAAAGACAUUUUAUUUGUGGCGUUGGUCCACAUCCAUAAAAGUUUUCGUCACCUACACGACACACAUAGCACAUUAAUUCGGCAAAAAAACGAGAGAAAGUGCAAAAAAUCCGCUAAACCGACACAAUGCAGGACGGUGGCGGCGACAAAAAUCUCAACAAGUUCGAUUUGACGACAAAAGUCGCGUUAACGAAGGACAACAAAGGCGGUACCACGGCAACAUUACAUCCGCAAUUCCGUACGAUGCAACCGAUGCGAGUUGUUACGAUCCCCUCGUCGUCGACUGGCGGCGCCCAAAUUAUCCAGACGCAAUUAGUGCCUCAAGUGCAAACGAUGAUCAAGCAAGUGGACAAUCGGAUAACAGUUUCGCGUCCCGUAACGCCAACUUCGUAUCUGCCACGGGGACCCACAACGGUGACAAAUAUCCAAGCGCCGCGUGGCUCGACGCCAAUUCGAGGCUCAACUCCGCCCUCAACCGUCACAAAUAUCACGCAAUCUUUCGUACGCACAACUGGAUCGCCCCGCGCCCCAAAUUCAUCGGCAACGGCGACGCUAAUUCCGCAAGGAACCACCUGGAUGUCCAGCAGUGGGGUUCAAGUACAAGUCCCAACGCAACUAAUUCGCGCUAAUAUCACGCAAUCGCCGCGCCCGCGUGUCGUGACACAAGCGAUACCGCAAAACAGCAGCAGCAACAACUCGUUGACGCAACAAACGAGCAUCCAGCAAAGUAAUCAGACGGUGCACGGAGCAAAUGUCAUCACGGCGGGCAAUAAUCAGGCAUUUGUAGCAACUUUGGCAUUGCCGCCACGUCAACAAGGCGCUUCUUUGGUCUACAGCCAAGUUUCGAGCACCCAACCGAAUCAAACUUUUGGACAGGGACAACGUUUGGCUGUUGCUACGAGUAUCGGGACUCAACGACAAGUCCGCCCCUUGCAGCGAUUACCGACAAGCAACUUGGGAAUGCGUGUCAGCACCGCAAAUUUGUCGAUCCGACAAAGCGUUCCAGUUCUCGCGACAAUACCUAGUGCCGCAUCAACUCGAACGACAACGGGAACAGUAACAACUAACUUGGCGCAGAUCCCUGCCCGCAUAAUUCAACCUGGCGGCACAGCUCAAGUCAUCAAUGCACGUGGCGUUCCCGCAAAUGUCAUGACUUUGCAGCCAAUCAUCAGAUUUCCGAACGUAAAAACGCAAAUUCCGCAACAAUUGACGAUCGCCCAUGUGAGUAAAAUUGCGACAGCUGCUCCCGCCACCGGAUCUUUGGGCACGAGCACCAGUAAUUCGCCCGCCACAAUUACCGUGACGAAUUUGCAGCAAGGCGGCAAUCAAGGACAAGGCGGAAACAUGAGUCAAAAUCAACAGUUGACGGCUUCCAUUGUGCAAGGCGCCGUUUUGAACAGUCAAGGACAGCUGCAAACGCAAAAAAGUCCCCAAAUUGCGCAUAUUUUGAGUGUCAAUCCGCAACAACAACAACAUCAAAUAAUCACGAGUGUGCAACAGCAGCAACAAAAUUCGUCGCAAAACAGCACAAUUACGUCGUGUGGCAAGACGAUCCCCUUGGUGACGGUUUCCGUAGCGAAUUUGCCGGGAAAUGUCAUUCGCGGUAUAUCGACAAUGUCGAAUCGCGAGACUCCGGUGGCGAAAGUGUUGCCACGACAACAAAUUGAGAACAGUGGGCAACAAAAUAAUCAGAGUGGGACCUCGGUGUUUAUUCAUACAACGCCGCCGAACCUAAGUGGCGGGCAGCAAAUUUCAUCGCAGCCAUCGGGAACAGUGGCAAGUGGAUUGCCAAGUGGUACUUUUAUCUCGCCCGCUACGAAAUUCAUCUAUGAACACAUCCCGAGUACGUCUUCUGUGAGUAUUUCGUCGUCCACGAUCAUUGAUUCGAUUUUUUCGUUGCCCAAAACGACAGUUAGCAAAGCAACGAGUACUGUUGUGUCGACCAUGAAUCCGAUAAUGACGAGUCAAACAUCGUCCUCGUCGUCAAGUGGUGCGACAGAAAGCACUAGUAGCUCAGGAGGCACCGUUAUUUCGUCAAGUAUUUCGUACACGCCGCAACCGGGAUCAUUUGCUGUCGUUCCCACAAGUAAUCGAACGACCGUCGGACAAAUUCACGUCUCCACCUCGAACAUGAGCCAAGGGCAGGGACAAAUUCAAACGGUUCCGGUGCGUUUCAACCCCCAGCUGCUCGUCGAUAGUUCCGGCAAUCAAACGCACAGCACGCAAAUCAUCGCUGUUCCCAAUACCAUCGCAUCGAGUCACGUCUCGAACAGCAACAACAACUCGCAAAGCACCAUUCAAACGAUCUCGCAGCUCAACAAUCAAAGUCAAGGUCAAAUUAUUCAGGGACUUUCGUCGCAAUCCAUCAUGAUUCCGGCAUCCGUGAGCAAAGUAGAGUCACCGCGUCCGAAUGUGUCGUCGAGCUCCUCGAGCAUUUUGCGGAAACGCGAUAGCGAGGGGUCACCCAUCAGACAUUCGGGUAAAAAUUUGACGGCAAUUCCGGUGUCGGCAUCAAGUGCUGGCUCCAUGUCGACGCAAUCGGCGCAACAAAUGGCCAAACAGCAGCAGCAACAAGUGCAACAAAUUCAACAGCAAUUGCAACAUUUGUCGUCGCAGCAACAAGAUGACCGUCCAAUGUCGCCGCAUUCACGCCCACCGAGCACCGAUGGCUCCACGACUGUCAGUGCCACGUCUAGUCCGAAUAUCGAUCAGCAGGAGCAAGAAGAGAUGGCGAAUCUCAUGUAUGGCAAUCACAUGAAUGAUCUUUUUGGGGGACCGUCGGGCAGAUCGAGCAUGCAUAGCGGCGUGCCACAUCAAAAUUCCACGGAAAGUAGCAGCAAUGGACAGAUUGAUCCAUCGCCAAGGAAGAAACCGAGGAAAUCAAAUGAAAAUAUUAACACUUCCAAUAUGUACAUGAUGCAAAAUUCGAACAAUAAAUUGAUCAACAACAAUGCCAUCAAACAAAGUAACGAAAUGACAGUGAAAAAGCCACAAUCUGUCAGCCUUUUACAGUGCUAUAAACAAACGUGGAAGGCCGCCAACAACCAUUUCCAACGUUACUCUGACGUGAGACCGCGUGACGAACGAAGACCCUCCGUCAUGGAUUUGGCAAAUCAAGCACAUGUCCUUCAAAAAGUGAAUGGCUGGAAAAUUUAUCAUCUCAGCUCGCAAGUUGAGGAAUUGUGUGAACUGGAAUCUCAAGUGUACGACAAAUUGGCUUCCCAACUCGAAUCGAUGGAAGCUCAUAAUUCAAGUCCCGAUGUCGAUCGUGUUAGCGAAUUAUUAAAGGGCAACAUGCAACGCGAAAAAAUCAUCAUCGAUGGAAUUAAUGACGCGCGCACACAACUGAUGAAAGUUUUUGAUCACAAAUCGCCUGUCGCCGAUAUCAUUCAUCGAUGUGCGUCAAAGCGGAACUUUAAGAAGCGAGAAAAGCCAUAAAUGAACCACUAAAUAGCAAUAUUUAAUAAAAAUUCAUGUAAAUAAAUUUUCAGAAUAAGUGUAUGAAGGCAAAAAAGUAUUAAUUUUUAAGGGAUUAAAAAAAGCGUUUCAAAGCUUUUUUAAAUGGAUUUUAUUUUUUGUGUGGAAUAAUUAAAGAUAAAUGUGACCAGAUGCGUCCCAAAACCUUAGUGUUAAAUUUUUUCAAAUAUUUUUUUUUCUUGAAUAUUAAAGUUGUACUAUUAUUUACUUGUU